AUGACAAGAGACGGAUACAAGAAGGUUCCUGAUGAAGGCCACACAGAGAAAGUCACCUGUCUAUCAUUCAUGUUCUUUCAUUGGAUGAACAAUGUGCUCAAGACAGGCAAUGAACGACCAAUAGAGCAAAGUGACUUUUUGCCUCUUUCGGAAGAAAACACGUCCUCUUUUCUAACCGAACACCUUCAGAAAGAAUGGAACAAGGAAAAAGCCAAGUGCAAGGGAAAGAAAAAACGACCAAGACUUUGGAAAUGCGUUCUAAAACUGCUUCCUCUCAAAGAAGUGCUGAUUCUAACCGUGAACUACGCUUUGUAUUCUCUGUCACGCCUCCUGCAGCCAUUGCUUCUAGGAUUUUUUAUGGUAUCUCUGAUGUCACCAGAAUUACACUCGGUGUAUCUUUUGUAUGGUUGUGCAUUAGGCAUGGGUAUCAAUGCUUUGAUUGGUUCGCUUGCCAUGCACCACUUUGACUACAGAGGUGAAGUGUGGGGACUUCGAUUUAGCAGCGCCCUCAAAGGACUAAUUUACCUCAAGGUAAGGAUAAAUAAAUAAAUCAAUAAAUAAUAUAGGAUAUGACAGUCAUUCCCGCCCUUCCCAUUUUCUAAGGAAAAAAGCCCUGGGAACGAGGUUGGAUUUUUUUCCCUACAAGGACCUCCACAAGAAUAAACCUCUCCUUUAAUGUGAAUACUUCAGCAGCGAUCUUAGCCGCAAGAAACCAAGCUUUAUUCAAUAACCUCCUGAAUGAUACGUAUAAACAGAACAUAAAAUCCUUUAUGUACGUAUAUAACUAUAGAUGUCUAAACUGAAAAUUUCUUAUUAUCCACUUCCCAAAGGACUCUUUAGAGUUAUUAAUCACAUUUGUUUGGGGGACUUUUUGCCAGACUACUUACGAUCAGUGAAGUAGUAAGUUAUGCCGGAAUACCCCCUAAUAUGAAUCUGAAUUUGACAUCGACACGACACCCACCAGGGAUUCCGUCCCCGCAUAUAUGUUACUAAAACGGAGAACUGAGAGACGGGAACGAGCACGGGGAACAGGAAAAUGAAAAAAUGGCAACAAAGUAGAGAACUGGAAAUGAAGUUACUGAUAGGGCUGAGGUUGCAGAUAGGUUUUUUUCCCAUCCUUCAUUUUUGCCGUUUCCCGUGCUCGUUCCCCGCUCCCUGUUCCUUGUUUAGUAACAUCUCUCCGUCCGCUGCUAUUAAAGAAGAGUGUCAAGGUUUUUAGCGCCUGGGGCAGAGUCCUAUCCUAUUUGACCUUGGCAGGUACGUGCCGCUAAAGAGAGUUAGUGUCUUGAAGAGGGUGUCGUUUCUCGUCCCGAAGCCUUUAAAAGAGCGGGAAUUAGGUUGGCGAUGAGCGGUCUAUAUUUGUGGCACCAACAACAAAAAUCAAAUUCUAUGAUCGCAGUUUUUUAAACGUAAUUCUGUAUGCGAAAUGAGCCAGGGUCAUUUGAUGAGCUCUCUUGUCUUAAACAGGGUAGCGAAAGACGAUUUUUGUGCUACAAAAGGUCAUUGUUUGAAGUCCUCAGCGACACUUGUACCCAAAACUCCUUGAGUGCCGCCCCAGGCUUUUACGUCCCACAAAAUUUUUUUAUGAGCAAAGGUGGUGAGGAACCUACCGUUUAUGCCUUAACCAAGAAGACUGGUAACUCUAACACUUUGCAGAUAACAAAGGUAGUACUUUCUCCUCAGGCAUUUUAAAGCCCCGAGCGUUGAUCCAGCUGAGUUGUGAACAUGCGGCCUCCCUGUUCAGAGGACUUCUAUUCUUUUUCAUUGGAAUUUUAAGGCAAAUUUUUCACGCGCAGGGCUCCUGUCACGCGUCAGUGUUUAAUUGCUAAUCUUUUCGACCUUUUAUAACAAUCAGCUAACGUCUGGUAGUUUAUUUCUUUUUCAGACACUCGUUCUCACGAAGAGUGCCUUGCUAAAGUUUUCAACUGGGCACGUGAUCGAUCUCAUAUCAAACGAUGUGCAACGAUUAGAAGAGGAGGCUUUCAAGUUACUAUUCUCAAUAGUUUUUACAUUUUUCGAGGUCGCCGUAGUCACAUUCUGGCUGGUGUACUUCAUCGGCUGGCAGUCAUUAAUGGGCGUUAUUUUCCUGGCUUGUCUUUCUCCAUAUUACGCUCUGCUGUCCGCUGCUGGCUCUAAGUUGCGCCUGCGCACAGCCGGGGUUUCUGACCAGCGACUCUCGUGGAUGAACCAGGUAGUUUCUGGGAUUCGCGCCAUCAAAACAAAUGCAUGGGAGAAGGAAUACCGAGAUAGCAUUAAAAGUACACGAAGGUAGGAAAAACACAAUAGACCUUUAGCUGGUAAGUUUUGUUUUCCCAAUUCAGACCACGUAAUGUUCUUGAGGAAAUUUACCUUGUCUUUUCAUAAAUCAUGUACAAAUAUGCAUGGUCAUCUGCUACACAAAAGUACGUGGCUUUUGUACUAAAAGACAACACCCUUAAGAACCAAUGAGUUCCUCCUUAGACCUUUCUAUGCUACGCAAAAUCUAUGUAUGUAACAUAAAGAAUGAAGUAGCCUCAGAACUGACAGCAGACAUUUCGUGCGCGACGACACCACUGGGUUUCCUGCGAAAUGACGUCCGAGGAACGAGCGCAGAGAUUCCAUACUAAUGAAGUGUAACUAGUCAGAUCUGGGUAGUGUCUGAUUGGUUGAAGCAAAAUUUCCCACACGGCGCGACCAAUCAGAAACACUAUCCAGAUCUGGGGUCAAUUUCAUAAAACUAUUACAAGUGUAAUUUACAAGUGUGGCUAUUGUUCUCAUACUCUAAAACAAUAGCCAAAUUACACUUGUAAAAGUUUUAUUAAACUGGCUCCAGGAUAGCGACAAGUCAUCAGUGGAGAAUUUAUGCGCUCAUUUCAGAGACUUUAUUUCGCGUAAAAACAACUAGUGGCAUCGCGAAGUGUCAGCAGUUUUCUCAGGCUAAGAAUGAAGCGCGUCUUUUAAAAAUCAAUAUUUUAUUUUCAGCCGUGAAAUAAGUAUUAUCCGAAAGAAGAGCAUCAUUUUGACAAGCUUUGCUGCCUUGGACAUGGCUUCAGUGCCAAUGGCUGCACUUGUGUCUGUUAUCGCAAUGGUAUUAACUGGGAAACAUCUGACACCAGUUAAUGUUUUCAUGCUUAUCUCUUUCAUCUAUGUAUCAAGAGUCACCUGUUCAAUUUUACUGGCCAGUGGUUUGCAAGACACAUAUGACGCGUAUGUUUCACUUAACAGAAUAGAAUAUUUUCUUCUGUUACAAGACCCACCCACGGGCACCGCUCCAGCUCUUCAGUUCGCGGAUCCCAUAAGAAACAUGGAGGGGUCCGCAGCGAUGUUGAAGAGUUCUUCAUGGCAGCAUAAGGAAGAAAUGAGAGAAAACGAAGAAGAUGGCAUUGAUGAACAUAAAACCCGUGACACGAUGGAUACUUUGACUUUGUCAAGAUUAAGUUAUGAACAGUCAAAGCGAAAAGACGAAUUUAUUCUACAAGAUAUCGAAUUUAAGGCAGCUUCAGGGAGCUUAACAGUCAUUACCGGGCCAGUAGGUAGCGGAAAGUCUACCCUUCUCUCAGCAAUCGCUGGCGAGGUACCGGACAAACAGGGGAACGUAAUCUGCAGAGGGGCUCUUGUUUACGCACCUCAGAUAGCUUGGGUAUUCUCGGGAACAAUUAGAGAAAACGUUUUGUUUGGCGAACCAUACAAUGAAUCCAAGUACAAAAGAGUUAUUGAAGCUUGUUCGCUGAGAGAAGACAUUCAUCAGUUUCCUGAUUGUGAUGAAACGGUGGUUGGAGAACGCGGUGAAUUGUUGAGUGGCGGUCAGCGGGCCCGAGUAAGCUUGGCACGCGCAGUCUACGCUGAUGUGGACCUUUACUUGUUCGAUGACCCCUUAAGCGCUGUAGAUGUCAAGGUUGGUCAACAUAUUUUUGAAAAAUGCUUCAAAAACCUGCUGGGUCAAAAAACCCGUGUGAUUGCGUCCCACCAAGAGCAGCUUAUGGAAGAGGCUGAUAAUAUCAUUGUGUUGUAUAAAGGCCGUGUUUUGGGUGAAGGAAGCUUUAAUGAGCUAAAAGAAAGAGGAAUUCUGAAUGAAACUAUUGAUCCACUCUAUACCAUGAAAGCAAGCAGUGGCAAGUCAGAUCACCACCUUGAUGAAUGUAAUAAUGAGGACGAUGGUGCAUGGGACAAACCUUUCCCACCCCAGGUCAAAAACGAGGCAAAGGGUCUACAGAUAUCGGAAGAAGAUCGCAUGAUCGGAGUCGUGUCAUCCAAGCUUUACUGGAAUUACUUCAGAAGCGGGUUGAAUUCACUGGCGAUAAUUUCAUUAUUCCUACUUCUUCUCAUCUCUCAAGGUAAGCGACAGUUUUACAGGUUUAGAGAACGGAUUGUAUAAACAAAAAGCCCCGACACGUCAUAUAUUUUCAUCAAUAUAAUGGUGAGUUAAGUACAAACCUGCUGGAAACUACGCUCUCCUGGAUAGACGACGGGAAGAGAAACCUGCGCUACUAAGUUGCAAUAUACGCUUUCGUGAGAGCACUGUACGCAUGCGCACAUUAUCACCCCUUACAUUAUCCGCUGACGCCCCCUAAGAAUAUCCAGUUUGCAUAACCGAGUCUUUCAAACGCAGCUUGUAAACUACGUUUCAUCCGCCCCGAUUCUCUUAAAAAAUAUCAAUAACAAUAACAGUAACUAUAAUAACAAUAACGAUAAUGAUAAUAAUAAAAUACUGAUAGUAAUAGUAGUAAUAACAAUGACAAUGAUAAUAAUAAGGAAGAAGAAGGAAAUUAAAAAGAAUUUUCCCUAGGAGGAAUCAUUCGAAAUCAUGGAAGAGAAAUGAUGAUGGGAAAACGGACAAUCAGGCGUCAGGUUAACUGAUGAAUAUGAAAGUCAGUUAUAAAGUGAAAAGUCCAUCCACUGAAAUCACACAAACUCUUACGUAGCGCCGAGAUAAUUGUUGUUUUACUUCUCAAGCCCUUUUGCUUUUCUAACUUGACGUUGUCGUCGCCGUCGCAGUUGUUUUAAACUGUUUUUGUCUCAUUCUUUUCACAGCAUUGCUAGUUUCUCCUGACGUAUGGCUGUCUAUUUUGACACAGAAAAGUCCAGACGAUCAGCGUAACAAGACAAAUAUAACCAUUUACGGUUGUCUGGUCACCGCAGCCUUCAUAUUUGCCAUCAUCCGAGCGCAGGUAUUCCACCUGGCUUCAUUGAGAUGCUCAGAACGUCUCCACGACAAAAUGGUUGUGGCUGUUCUACAAGCCCCGGUGCUCUUCUUUGACUCCAAUCCCGUGGGGAGAAUCAUGAAUCGUUUCUCUAGAGAUAUAGGUUGUUUGGACGAAUUACUGCCUAAAACGUUUCUGCUCUCCAUUCAGUAUGCUUUGAUGGUGUCGACAGCAAUUCUUGUGCCAGCUGCAACGAAUCCUUGGCUUCUACUGGUUUUCGUACCCGCCACUUUCCUAGCUGUCUACAUUACCAGCUACUACUUGAAGACAUCUAGGGAACUGAAAAGACUGGAAUCCAUUUGUCGCAGUCCGGUUUUCUCUCACGUUUCAGAGACCCUGAAUGGACUGGACACGAUUCGGACAAGGAAAAGACAAGAUGACUUUGUGGAUCGGUUUCAUGGGUGUGUUGAAAUCUUUUAUUUUUUCAUUUUUGCAUGAUAUAGUGAUUACAGACAAACACCUCGGGAAAACGGACACCUAUAGAGUUGAUCUAUGCCGCUCUUUACUCCCAGGGUUUGUGACAUCACUCUGAGACGGACCCAACGGUGUCCGUCUUCGGAGAGUCACGGCUAUCCCAGAAAAUAUCACUUCUUUCUACUCUCAAGCGCGAUUACUCAAAUGGUUUGAAGGUUAGGUUGCCUUUUUCGAGUUUAUAAUGAGACACGUUAAAUUGAACCAAAAUCCUUUUUUGACAGACAAGAAACUCUCAGCAGAUGAUUCUUCAAGUUACUAUGGCAUACACACACUCAAUGAUAUUGGCUGUUUUAAGCAAUCUGACUGGUUCGCUAACUAGGAAAAUUGAGCAUCAUUCACUACCUAGCGAGUGGAAAAUACAUGAUCUUCAAAACAGAAACAAAAGGAAUUGAAUGAAAGAAGAUCAGAAACAAGUUAAGAAGCUUUUAACCGUUUUAUGAUGACGUUAAGAUAAAUAAGUGUGUUCUACUUUUCAAGGCAUUGCAAGGCGAAUCGCGCAUGUCUAUCAAUGAUCUCCGCCGUACAAGCCUGAAAUUUUUUUUUUCAGGCUUUCUUUUCGCAACUGCAAAAGUUGCGUAUACAGCUAUUUUCAGAAAGGUUGUUGGAAAAAGUGUGCUCGCAACAAUCCCGAAAGGUAAUAUGGGAUAUGAUCGAUACACUGUUGCUGGCGACUGUAGCUGUCGAACCUACUUUUGUUGCUUUCCUUUAGCACUCGCAAACACAUUUCCAUGGCCUUUCGUGCCAAUUCUUUCAAAUUUCUCUGAAGAACAGUGAACUUAAAAACCACUCACAAUGCCUUUCGGGAUUGUCGCGUGCACUUUUUCCGACAACCUUUCUCGAAACAGCUGUAUAACUGCUAUGAUCAUCCUUCAUUUAAUUCUUCACUCCGCAUUUCAAGUAUAUGAUUUUCAUAUAUUCAAAACUUGAUCUCUUAACUGUUACUAACAAAUCAAUGCACCGUAGAGAGACGAGACAUGGCCAGUAUAAUUCGUAUGCCCAACGUUUCGACACAUCACCAAAGCGGGAAGGUCUUUUAGCGUCAGUAGCAUACGGUUGUGGAACAGUCUGCCUGAUGAUAUUAAAAGGAAAAACAGUCUUUCAUCUUUUAAGAAUGCUUUGAUAGCUUAUUUUAGAGAUUCUUAUAUUAAUAUUGAUAAUUUUGAAGCCUUAUUGUAAAUAUAUCUUUGUACUUUUAGGUUAGUUAAUUUAGUUGAAGGCCAGUGGCUUAUCACCUUCUGCUGUUAUGUGAUAACUUAUUUUAAUGAUUCUUAUAUUGAUAUUACCAAUUUUUAAGCACUAUUGUAAAUAUAUCUGUAAUUUUUAGGUUAGUUAGUUUAGUUGGAGGGUCACUGGUUUAUCAGCUUCUGCUGUUUAUGUGUUUACCCUCAUUUUAAGAUAAAGUUGAUUGUUAUUAGACUUUAAGUAUAAAUAAAAACCACAGGCCAAACAACCUCUGAUGAGGGAGUCAUUUUGCGAAAUAACUUCCCUACCGUCGGCUAGAAAGGGGCAAAUUCGAAAUCAUCUUGCAUUCUCAUGAAGAAAACAAGAAUUGCUUUGGGAAUAUAAUAAAAUUUCUUUUCUUUUACUUCCUCAGGUAUCAAGAUGUAUACAGUCAGGUAUAUAUUAUGGUGAAGGCGAGUGCUCGGUGGCUUGGUGUUCAUAUGGAUCUUCUCUCUGCUAUAUUAAUUGGCACAGUGGCAGUAGCUGCCGCUUUGGUUUCUCAAGAUGCUGGUACGUGAACCAAUAUCCAGUCAUAACAUUGUUUCAACAUUGUGAAAGAGAACUUUAAGUUAAAUACGCUUUUUCGCGUUCUUAUAUACAGAGGAAUCUCGAUUUUUCGAACCACCUUUGGAAUAGCGUUGAAAUUGGUUUAAUUGGGCCUUGUCCGGUCCACAUAAAAUCAAUUUGAGCCUUGCUCCGCUACUCCCUUGAAUACCGAAAAACCCAAACUUAAGAGAAAUGAAAGGUUUUUCUCUUUUGGCUUAUUAUAAAGCUGAAUUUUGCAAAACGGAAACAAAAUCGAAAUUAUUUUUAACCAAAUUGAACCAUUUUCAACAAUCACAAGGCCAAGUAAACAAAAGCAAAACAAAUGUUUCUCUUCCCGCCCACUUCAUUUUUUGGGUCCGCCUCUCUUUUUUAUUAUUUGUUUAUGCCAAAAGAGGAGAUACAAGCCAAAGAAAAAAACCAAGAAACUUUCAGGCAGGCUAAAUGAUAAAGCCAAGCAUUCAUUACACACUGCGUCCUAUUCACGUUUUUAAUGCAACCUACAUAACGAGAUAUAAGGUACGACACAUCACGUUGCUGUUUAAAACUUGUACCCUAUAAACCAAAUUUGUGUUUUAGCAAUAUCUGACGUUUCAUUCAAUCCCGACAUUAAUAUUUGUCCGAAGAACUCCAUCUUAUCCCUGGGAGAAGGCAAUAAUAAUUUGUAAAGAAAGCAUUAAAUUUAAAAGUAAAUAAAAGUCAGAAAUAACAAAAAAGAUCCCGCCUGCUCUCUUUUUUGAAGAAAGCCAGACGAGAAACAGUUGCCGCUUUUUUUUUUUUUGCUUGGCCUAACAAGAACAAAAACAACUAUUAACAGUAGCAGUAUUUAGUACGGUUUUUAUUACCAAAAGCGGUAGGACGCAAAAUUAAUAAGGUCAGCUGUAACAAAAACUGAUAAACACGUUAAAUAUUCUUUUUCUUUUCCAAUUAGCAUUUGCUGGUCUAGCCCUUGUUUACGUUAUACAAACUUCAGUUGUCACACAAUACGCCGUCAGGAAAGCUUCAGAAGUCGAGAAUUUAAUGACAUCAGUUGAACGAGUUAUCACGUAUACCAAACUUGGGUCUGAGCCUGGAUACAAAGUGAAACGACGUCCCCCGAAAAAUUGGCCAAGUGAAGGAAAUAUCACAUUCCAUGACGUAUCACUGACGUAUUAUCCGGGGGGUCCUCAAGUACUGAAGAAAAUCAAUCUCACAAUCAAAGGAGGAGAAAAGAUUGGUAUCGCUGGUCGAACGGGCGCAGGAAAAUCUUCAUUUGUCGCUUCUCUAAUGCGCAUGCCCGAAGCCGAUGGAGGGAUAACGGUCGAUGAAGUUCGAAUAAAGGACAUAAACCUCUGCGAAACACAACGCUCAAUAUCAAUUCUAGGCCAAAGUCCUGUUCUUUUUAGCGGAUCACUCAGAAAAAACCUUGAUCUUAUGGAGCAGUUUCCAGACGCAGAAUUGUGGUGCGCUCUGGAAGAUGUACAGCUGAAAGAUUUAGUGGAAAGCCUAGAGGGGCAGCUGAAUCAUGAGUUAUUGGAGUACGGGGGAAAUGUCAGUGUAGGAGAACGCCAACUGAUCUGUUUAGCUCGAUUGUUGCUACAGCAGAACAAGAUCAUUAUCUUGGAUGAGCCAACCGCACACGUUGAUCCAGACACAGAACAAACCAUCUGGAAGGUGGUUCAUGAGAAGCUGAAGGACUCCACAAUCAUCACUAUAGCUCAUCGUUUAAACACGAUAAGAGACUGUGACAGGAUACUGGUAUUAAAGGACGGACAAGUUAAGGAAUUCGACGGGUUUGAUAGGUUAUUGAAUACAAAAGGAAGCGUCCUGCGAGAAAUGGUUGAAAAGCUAGGAGUGUGA